GAAGCGAAGAAGAGUAGUUGUGUUGUUAGUGGAAAAAUGGCGUCGUCCAUGGGCGGAAUGUUUACUGGUCAGCAGCCGUCGGGGUCUCAUCCACCUACAGGUCCAGGUCAGCCAGGGCUUCUCACAGGUCCUCCCGGUAAUAGAGGGACAAAUAACACUUUAGUAGAUGAUCUGGAAGCUUCUUUCGAGGCGUGUUUUGCGUCUCUUGUCAGUCAAGACUAUGUGAAUGGAACCGACCAGGAAGAAAUUCGGACAGGGGUUGAUCAGUGUAUACAGAAGUUUCUGGAUGUGGCCAGACAGACUGAAUGUUUCUUCCUUCAGAAGAGAUUACAGCUGUCUGUACAGAAACCAGAACAGGUGGAAAAAGAGGAUGCAUCAGAGCUGAAGAAUGAACUCCAGCGGAAGGAGAUGCUGAUUCAGAAACACCUUGUUAAGAUCCAUCAUUGGCAGCAGGUGUUGGAGGACAUUAACGUUCAGCACAAGAAGCCCACAGAGCUGCCACAGGGUCCACUGGCCUUCCUGGAGCAGGCCUCAGCAAACCUACCUGCUCCCAUGAAACCAAACUGAUGCAUGUAGAUCCAGAACACUUUUCAGACUGUGUUCCAGGGGCCACUUCCUCUUCCCACCCAGAAAAUUGGACAAUAAAACUUUGUUGUAGAUUCUGUUGAGACGUGUGAUGUGAAAACACGUUUCAAGAGCUACUAAAGGAAGUUACUGCCUCUUAUCUCUCAUGAGGGGCUUGUAGGUCUGCCAGUAGAUGGUCAUUUUAAAGCAUUCAAGAGUCUUUAAUAUUUAGUCAUAAGCAUAUUAGAGAAUUAAUUUAAUGACAAGUUAAUUUUAAGUACAGGUGUCAUGUAGAGGGACUGUUGACAAGAAAGUGCUUUAGUUGGAGGGAAUUAGUUGGGCUUAAAGUUGUUUUUUCCACUUUGUUGUUAUUUUAUUAAAACACAUUUUUUACAGUUUAAAAUAAACAUGUUUUGUCAAGUGAAAA